UGCAUCCCAAUUUCCCAAACGUGUUCUAGACUCUUCCAUUAUCAGAACCCUCCAGACCUCUCUCCCUCCUCCUCUCUUUCCGCCCCCUUCUAUUAACCCAUCUUCCACCUCCUUCGCCUCGCCUCCCCCAGCAUUCCCCAGCAAUCUCGCGAAAAGCUCCGAACUUCCGGCGCUCCUCUUCCCGCAAAUUCGCCGCCAGCACACCACCAGCACGACCGCCGCCGGCGACGACGAUGGCGAAGUACGGCGAGGGCGACAAGCGGUGGAUCGUGGAGGAGCGGCCCGACGGCACCAACGUCCACAACUGGCACUGGUCCGAGACCAACUGCCUCGAGUGGGCCCGCGGCGUCCUCACCAAGCUCCUCUCCGACCUCACCCUCCUCGACGGCGAGGGCGACCUCUUCGUCCGCACCAAGACGGUCGAGAAGGUCGACGGCGAGGCCUACGUCAACAUCCGCAAGGGCAAGAUCAUCCCGGGCUACGAGAUCAGCGUCGUCCUCUCCUGGGAGGGCGAGGCCCGGGACUCCGACGGGAAGUCCCUGCUCAAGGUCGACGGCACCGUGGAGAUCCCCUACAUUGCCGACGAGAACGCCGACGAGGACCCCGAGGUCAAGGUCCUCGUCAAGGACGACGGCCCGAUCGGGCGGAGGUUGAAGGAGGCGAUGCUCAGCCGGGGGAAGCCGGUGAUCUUGGAGAAGGUUAGGGUUUUCGUGGAGAGCAUGGCGAAGGGAGGCCCGGCGAGGGAGGACUUGGAGACCAAGAAGGUGGCUCCGAAGAACCAGGCGUCCGCACCGGCUGCUGCGGCGGCUCCGGCAGCUGCCUCCGCGGGGAAGAAGGAGGCGGAGGCCGCUGAGAAGAAGGAGGCGAAGAAGAAGAAGAAGAAGGAAGGUUUCAAGACGAUUAGCAUGACGGAGAAGUUCAGCUGCAGAGCGAAAGAUAUGUACGAGAUAUUGAUGGACGAGAAUAGGUGGAAAGGGUUCACGCAGAGCAAUGCGAGGAUAAGCAAAGAGGUCGGAGGAGAGUUCAGCAUCUUCGAUGGUUCCGUGACGGGGAGGAAUGUGGAGUUGCAGGAGGGGAAGUUGAUUGUGCAGAAAUGGAGGUUUGGGAGCUGGCCCGAUGGUAUUCAAUCCACCGUAACACUUACUCUAGAAGAGCCUGAACCUGGUCUGACUGUUGUCAAGCUCACGCACACCGACGUACCUGAAGAAGACAGGUAUGGGAAUGCAACUGUGGUGGAGAACACCGAGAGAGGGUGGCGAGACUUGAUCUUUCACAAAAUACGGGCAGUUUUUGGUUUUGGAAUAUGACACUUGAAUGUUUUUUCCUCCUCAAGUGUAGAAUUUUUACCAGGACGUGUCUUUUUCAGCAAUGAUAUAGGUUGGCUGAGAUUGUCUUGACAUAAUUAAAUGUUUGAUCUUUCAAUCUGAUAAACUGGUCCAUGCGACUCAAGCUUCUUGAAGAACCUGGAUUUCGUGCCUCGUGUUUUGUUCUAAUAAUAAGAUAUUUCGAUCCUGCCCUCAGGUCAUGAGUUGGUUGGGAUAGGCGCAUUAACAAGGUUAUUUGUUCGUAGUA